AUGACUAUCAAAGCAACUGUUGAUAAAACAGGUUGUGAUUUGCCUAUAACCAAAGAGAAUAGUGACCCAGGAAUAAUCGGAUUUAAAAUGGCAAACAAGUUCACAACCAGGUCGCCAAAAUGUUCAGAUCUUGUUGAUUUCAGGCCGAUAUUUUAUAAGGCUCUCAAUUUAAAUACUCAAGGUCGUGAGAAGAUAUGUAUAUGA